CAAAAGAAGAUGGCAGAUGAAAGCGUCAACCUUCCUCCUGGAUUUCUCUUCUCUCCAACAGAUGAAGAACUUGUUCUUCACUUUCUCUAUUGUAAGGCUUCUCUUCUACCAUACAAUCCAAACAUCAUCCCCGAUCUUGAUCUGUCUCUGCAUGUUCCUUGGGAAUUAAAUGGGAAGGCGUUGGCAAGUGGAAAUCAAUACUAUUUCUUCACCAAAGUGAAUGAAAACAGAGCCAGCACAGAAAAUGGGUAUUGGAAGGAAAUAGGUGUCACGGAACCUAUAUUGUCAACCAUUGACAAGAAAGUGGGAAUCAAGAAGUACCUAAUAUUCCACAUUGGCGAAGCUCCACAAGGUACUCAAACCAAUUGGGUGAUGCAAGAAUAUCAUAUUUGCUCCAAUGAGUUUGACACUGCAACAUAUGAUCAAAGUUGGAGCAAGUGGGUUUUAUGCAGAGUGUAUGAAAAGAACUGGUCUCAACAAGGUGUAAACUUCUCUAGUGAUGACGAUGACAGUGGAACGGAGCUUUCUUUGCUUGAUGAAGUUUAUUUGUCGUUGGAUGAUGAUCUGGAAGAAAUAAGCAUGCCUAAUUAGAUUGAAUGUUAUUAAUAUUAUGUUACCACUUACCAAUGCUAGCUAGAUAUAAUGAAGUUCUUGCACCGUGUAUCAAAUACAUGCAUUUGAAGGGUAAAUUAUGGCCUCUGUUACAUGCAGGAUUACUGAUGGCAAAAAUCACGCUUAUGCGGUCAUUUGUUGGGAUUAGCAAGAGGACGGGAAUGG